AUAUCUACUUACUAUGCAGGUGGUAUGGCAAAUAGGAUGUUUAGUGAUCCAUUGACACCAACACAUUCACCGGCCAAGACACCAGUGGUGCCCACACGAUCCUCCCCACGCACGAGGACGGCGAAAUCCCUGGCCGAGCCUGCGUCCCGAGCAUCGAAAAUAAAGUGGACUCCUGAUAUGGAUCAGAUAAUGAUCGACAUAUUUUUGGAACAAGUGGCAUUGGGACGCAAAGGCGAUAAUGGUUUCAAACGUGAGGCGUACCAAAGUGCCGCCGACACCAUUACAAAGCAUACCAAUGUAGUCCUCAAGUGGCAGAAUGUCUCUAACCGACUAAGGUAUUACAAGAGGGAGUACACUGCAGUGAAGGAUAUGCUAUCGGCGAGCGGGUUCGGAUGGGACAACGAGCGGAUGGUGGUGACGGCUCCUGAUGAAGUCUGGGAGGAAUAUAUCAAGUCUCACCCUCGUGCGGAGAAACUCCGCGGUAAACGGAUUGAGAGAAUGGAUGAUCUUGCAACUAUCGUCGGUUCCGACCAGGCAUCGGGACGUUUUGUCCAAGGCAGUAGGACUAUAGCCGCAUCAGCAUCAUCAUCUCGUCUUCAACAAGAACUCAAUGAUGCAUGGAGAGAGCUGGAUGAUGACCUCGAUGAUACAAUUGACUUGUCAGAUGAUUUUGUCACAGACUCUGUAAGGACCAUCCCAUUUUCGCCAGACAGUCCUUCGAUUGGACAAUAUGGCUCACGUAGCACUCCCACUCACAUGUCUAAUUCCAAUGCCACUCAAAGUGGGAGUGCAAACAGGAAACGAUUGCGCCCUGCUCGUCCUUGUGAAGUACUCGGGGCCUCUCUACAGACCGUUGCCGACUCAAUGCUUAAAUUUGGCCUCGGCAAGUCAGUGAAUCGCACUUCUAAAGUACUUGAUAUACUAGAAGAGGUCCAGGGCCUGACCAACUCAGAGUUCUUUGAGGUUGGUCAGCUCUUGAGUAAGGACAAGGAUCUGGCAUCGUUUUUUGUGAGUCUGCGACCUGAGCGUCGCAUUGACUGGUUGAAGAAAACACUUCAUGACCACUUUGGUGAUCGAGGUGUCGGAUCCAUCUGAGGAUUCGCAUUUCUGGGUUUGUUGUUUUGGCUGUUAGUUGUUGGUCUGUAAUAACUUUGAAUUACAUGAUUUUCUUGGAUGAUUUGAUAACUUGCUUUAAUUUUUGGGACUGACACAUGGUAGUAUAUACGAAUAUGACAAUUAUGCUAUGGCCAUGACUUUAAUGUAAUCAAUUAUACUUUUAUGGUUUCACAUGCAUCCAUUGGUUAGUUUA